UUGAAGUUAUCCAAUCUAUGGAUGUAAGCAGAGGCAAUGGAUAUAAACUGAAUGCACUAUGCAAAUUUUGUGAUGUUAAGGUGACCACCUGCUCAAACAAAGGUCAAUGCAAUAGCAACUGCAACAUCACUUCCAUCUGUGAAAAUGACAGUGAAGUCUGUGCGGCUGUAUGGAGACAGAAUGAUGAAAAUGUAACUUUAGAAACAAUAUGCCAUGAUCCCAAAAAGCCACUCUAUGGCUAUCAUUUAGAAGACUACAACUCAAAAAAAUGUUUGAUGAGAGAAAAGAAGGCAGAAGGAGGAUUGAUGUAUAUGUGCUCCUGCAAAGAUGAAGAAUGCAAUGAUGUGCCCAUUUUUUCAGAUGAUACCCAACCAAGUCCUGAAAUCUUAGACGAGAUUACUAAAGUCACAGUUAUAAGUCUUGUCCCAUUACUUGUGAUCACCAUUGCUGUGGUCGGUAUCUUUUAUUGCUACCGGAGUCACCGAAGACGGAAGCUCAACAAGGCAUGGGAGAAGAACGUUAAGCCCAGGAAACAUAAGGACUGCAGUGAUGUUUGUGCCAUUAUGUUAGAUGAUGACCGCUCAGACAUCAGCUCCACUUGUGCCAACAACAUUAACCACAACACUGAGCUACUGCCUAUCGAGCUAGACACUCUUGUAGGAAAAGGCAGGUUUGCUGAAGUGUAUAAGGCCAAACUGAAGCAAAACACAUCUGAGCAGUAUGAAACAGUGGCUGUCAAGAUCUUCCCUUAUGAAGAAUAUGCUUCUUGGAAGACUGAAAAGGAUAUAUUUUCAGAUGUAAACCUAAAGCAUGAGAACAUUCUUCAGUUCCUGACAGCAGAGGAGCGUAAGACAGAGAUAGGAAAACAAUAUUGGUUGAUCACUGCCUUCCAUGCCAGAGGAAACUUGCAGGAGUACCUUACACGCCACAUCAUCAGCUGGGAGGACCUGUGGAAGCUUGGCGGGUCUUUGGCACGAGGGAUUGCCCACCUCCACAGUGACCAUACACCCUGUGGUCGACCCAAAACACCCAUUGUGCACAGAGACCUGAAGAGUUCCAAUAUCCUAGUGAAAAAUGACCUAACCUGCUGUCUGUGUGACUUUGGGUUAUCCCUGAGGCUUGAUCCUUCGCUGUCUGUGGACGACUUGGCUAACAGUGGACAAGUUGGCACAGCAAGAUACAUGGCUCCUGAAGUCCUGGAAUCCAGAAUGAACCUAGAGAACGUUGAAUCCUUCAAGCAAACUGAUGUGUACUCUAUGGCUUUGGUCCUGUGGGAGAUGACAUCUCGUUGCAAUGGUGUUGGAGAAGUGAAAGAGUAUGAACCCCCAUUUGGAUCGAAAGUGCGAGAACACCCAUGUGUUGAGAGCAUGAAAGACAAUGUCCUGCGAGAUAGAGGGCGGCCAGAGAUCCCCAGCUCCUGGCUCAACCAUCAGGGUAUCCAGAUGGUGUGCGAGACUCUCAUUGAAUGUUGGGAUCAUGAUCCUGAGGCCCGCCUCACUGCACAGUGUGUUGCUGAGCGCUUCAGUGAGCUCAGGCACCUUGACAAACUCACAGGGAGAAGCUGUUCAGAGGAGAAGAUCCCAGAAGACUGCUCUGUGACCUCCACCAAGUAGCAAGUUGCUCAGGGUUGUGGAUGGGAGAGAAUUGCUCCUGAACUCGUAUAUCUUGGCAAAGGAAGAGGUCUUGAACAGUUCCCUGACUUGCUUCCUGUAGUACUGAGGAUCUCACCACUCCCUUUACACUAAAGCUUCACAGAGGGACAAGAGUUUGUGGGAAGUAAAAGCCAGGGAGUUGGUGUCAUACCAUAGCAUUGGCUGCCUGCAAUCUUGUCAUAGGAUAAGCUGUGUUAGCACUUCCUCAGGAAACAAGAUUUUUACAAUAGCCAAUAACAUUUGCACUUUAUUAAUGCCUGUAUAUAACUAUGGAAUAGCUAUUUUUAUAUAUACAGCCAUACUCAGAAAAGAGUACAAUGUGCUUCUAGGAAAUUACACAUACAUAAGAAAACCCUACCCGUUAAGGAAAGAUAAUGGGGCGGGAGCCAUCAUUAUAGCAGCAGCAAUGUACAAAGGCACCAUACCAAAAAGACAAGAGCAACCUGCAAUAAAAAGAUGGCUUUCAAGUCACACAUUAUACAUAGCCUGCUGUUGCCCAGCUGCACUGUAUUUUAUAUUUGUAAGAGAAUAUGCUCACUGCAGAGAGACAGUUUUGGCCACAGAGUCCAUUUCAGCUAUGCAAUAACUAUGCAAUAAUUUCUACAGCUGGUUUCAGGUUUAGUCGGUCUUGUUCAGUGGACCACCAUCACUCUCAACUGCUAACCAUGUUCCUUAAAAUAUCCUGUACUGAGGGUGCUUGGGAGUUCUCACCCCCUUGCUCCCCAGUAUAUAUUUCAAUGCUCAUUGCUUCACCCUCACUUGCAUUUCAUGCUAGCAGGCUUCAAAAGUAUCAGAGGAACAAGUUUCCCUUCCCCACCAACCAAUGAAAAUCAAGCAGGGCCAACAUUAAUCCAGACAGAUGUUUUAUAUUUGCUGUGCCUUCUGAAUGAAAUCAGUACUUUUCCCCCCUUUUAUGUACUGAUAUAAAAACAAACAUUUUUUAUAUGCACUGUGUCUAAUUUCUUGACACACACAGUGCAGAUUGUUUCAUGCCUUAUUUGCAAAAGCAAAGAAAGAACAUCAAUAUCCUCUAGAGAUGAAUCCAUAUGAGGCUGUCAUAGCUGUGGGAAUGCUUUGCAGCAAGGUAAUGCCAUGCUCUGUGCUCAGCCCUGCUGCCACGCAGAGCAGUGAAUGCUGUCCCCUUUCCCACCACCCCCUCCAGCCAUUUUUCAUGGCUUGCAAAAAAUGUACCUUCCAAAACAGUACACUCAUCAGACAUGGCUUACAUUCUUGGAGCCCUUCAAAAUGUUUCGAAUUGAAGCUGGCUUCACUUUGGGUUUUAAAUGGUAGGAUGUCUUCAGCUGUUUUUCUGUGAUCUGCACAUUUCUCUUAGCGGUCGAGUAUGUGCCACCGAAACUAGUGAAUCUGACAGCACAAAAUAAUUCUGCAUAAAUAAAUGACUAGAUCUUUUUAUCUCUGGUGCAAUUAUAAACGCCUUUGUCAUACAAACAUCAAUUUUUUUCUAGGAAAUAUUGCUUUUGUAAAUCAAUAGGAAACGUGUUUAUUCAAAUAGGAGUUAAGAUUUAUGAGGAAAAUAUUUUAUUUAAAAUGUUUUUGUAUCUUCUUUUUUAAUAAACUACUUAGAAAUAUUUAAACAAAUUGGUGCAGAACAUCAACGACUAAAGUUGAAUUCAGAAAAUACUAUGUCAUUUUAUGGGGGUAUAUUUUUUUGGAUGAACUGUGGAGCUACUGGCAAAAGGAGCAAACUGUUACUUUGUGCUGCAAACAUCAAUAACGCGGUGGUAUGUUACAAUCAAAGCUCUUGCCUAUUGAUGGUUUUGCCUUUGCAGAGCUGUGGCCCAUUGCCCUCUAGUGGUGGGCUUCUAGAUUGCACUCUAGCAAUAUUAAGGAUGGAGGUAAAGACAAGCAAACUGGAAAGCUGUGUAGGGUUGUAUCGUGGUCUGUUUUUUUUUCCUUUUAAUUCCAUAUUGAAGCUCAAGAAAUAACAUCCGGUAGUUCCAAACAGUACUGACAAUUUAACUACUACAUGUAAAGGGAAAUUUUUAUUCUUUUUGACGAAUACUUCACCUGUACAUCAUAUAUGAAAUAGGAAUGUGAACGGUGUAUUCUCCUGUUUAUCAAAUGUUUCAAGAACGUACUUUCAUUGUAAACAGUUUUUGUUUGGGGGUUUUUUUUUGUA